CAAAGCAAGCUUGAAAACAAAUUUUCCUUUCCGAUUACAUCUUAUCGACCAUCUCGGCGUAAAAACAACCCCACUGUGGGUGGCCUGCCCGCUUAUGCAGAAGGCUGCAUGUUGACCGUGAUCAUCGGGUGGCCAUUUUCGAACCUCGCAGGGGCUACGCCCGUCAAUAAAUCAGCUUGAUUUCACCGCCUUGACUAGGGUCCAUACAUGAGCCGGCUACUAGCGGCUCUUAUCGGUAUGUUCGGCUUUCCAGGUGAGCAGGAGAGCGAAUAAAAUCGGCCGGCAACAAAUUAGUCCGAUAUAACGAUAAAACUGCGGCCGGGCACUUACUGGAAGAAUCGGCGGCACCCGAGAUAGUUUCGCUCAGGCGACCCUAGAAAAACAGAUCGCCAUAUCGUGUCCGCUUCACUGCUAUAGAGAUGGCAUAAGUGAGAACCAGAUAUUUAGGCAGUUGGUAAUUGCAUAAUAACAAAUAUGAAUAUUUCUAAUUGAGAUACAUUUUGGGGGAAUUUAGUUUGUCUGUAGAAAUGUAAAUAUUGCGACAGAGUUAAAAUAUGUAGGUAUAGAAAGGUAUAUCUUAAUUAACUAUUGUAAUUCUCCAAUGAAAAAGGUGUAUGUUGAUAGUUAGAUGCAGUUAACGCUCCGUUGGUGAUUAAAUACCCAUUCAGCUGAACUGACGAAAUUCCGUGUAUGUGUUGUUCUGCGACACGCGCUUGUGGUAUUUGCUAAGUGGCGUCAACACCAGCUUGCUUUAAAUAGCAGAAGCCCUUGGCUUUUGCAGUCAUUUAACAAAAUACAGACAGUGAUUUAAAGGCAAUAAAAAUCUUUUCUUUUCGGCUUUAGCUGUAUUUGCAAUGCGACCACAGGAUUUACUAUCAACGUUUUCUGUGUGCUGUAUACUUGAAUUGUUGGGCUUGCACAUUGCGCAGGCGCUCAGGGAUAAAGAUCGACGGCAAUCGUAUGAUGGAUACCCGGUGUACGAAGAAUUUUCUGCCGGUCGUAAACAGGGACAAGCAUUCGAGGCAUGGCCGGAUCAUUGGCGCGCAUGGAUUGAGGAAAUGAAAACAACUGGGGAUAUCCGCGGUAGCAUCAGGAAAGCUCUGAAGAGCCCCGAAUGGUGGGCGGCGUGGGAACAGCUUCCAUCUGUCACUAAAGACACUGUAGUCAAGCGACUUAUGCCAAUGCUGGUGGGUAACGGUGAUUGGAAAAUACCGUGUACCGAUGCGUUUAAGUUGUGCGAGAGGGAUACUAACUGUAGGUGGAAGUAUUGGAAUUACGUUUCUUCGUGUGCAGCAGGUAAUGUUCUGCUUGUACCUCCGAGUUGGUUUAUUUCUGACCGCACAAAACGUACUCGUGACGUAAGUGACGUGCGUCACACACCUACUGCGUCAUCGACACGCGAAAAGCGGUCGAAUGCAAACAGAAGAUCACCACGAACACGUAAACGAAACAAGGCAAGAUUCGCGCGUGAUUAUUCGUACGACUAUACCGGCGGAAAAACAAAACGGAGACAUCAAGGACGAAAAAAACCGAAUCGGCGCAGUCGAAGGCCGAAGUAUAUGAAGCAGUUCAAAUUCCUACACAACUGGAUGGGCAAAGAGUGGAAAAACAUUUAUUCUGCAGUUCCCUAUCAAGAAACCGUGGGCUGUUCCAUUAAAUGCCUGAAAGCUCUGCUAAUGUUGAAUAACAGCGUGUAUAGUCCUCUUCUCGGCGGCUGUGAUUGCCAGGAGAGGGAUUCGUAUAAUGUUCCCCAUAGAUCUGGGUCCUCAGCGGCAAAUGAAAGUAUAAACAUGGUUACGGAAAGACACGUGUCCGCAAGGGAAAAGAUGUGCGUCCAAUAUCAACAAAAUGCACAGGCGUGUCGACCCCGACUGUUCAAGGGAAAUUCGACGGCGAUCGGGUGCUCGGAAUCCCGCGCACGUUGCGAAGCCGAUCGAAAUUGCUCCGCUGCCCAGAGGACGUUUUUGCUGCGAUGUUCGCACUUAAUUAACGGUGUGUCGUGCUCGCCGGCGUGUUUAGCGGCCAUUAAAGAGCUAGGGCAACGCUCGAAACACUUCAGUGGGUGCAUUUGCGACGGGGAAGAAGCACCUAUAUGCCUUAAAAUUCGUUCAAAUAUAAAUGAACUAUGCGUCCCCCCAGCGCACAAACAGACCAUACAUACUGCCACUCAAUUAGCAGCGGUCGUGCACCCAACGUCAUUCGCCACUAAAUUAACUUUAAACAAACAUUGCGUCUUUAUUAUGAUCAUGAUUUUAAAUUUUGUUUUUUAUUAACUUUUUGUUCCAUUUUUUUUGCCAUUGAGAUUCAUUAUGUUUUAAUAUAUUUCUUAUUUGUUGCUUUUCUUCAAUCUAAAACGUUCUAUUGAACGACUUCAGUAUUUAGCAAUACCUCUUUAUAAAACUUAAAUAAGUCAGUAAAUAGGAUUUUCUAAACACCAGUUUAAACUUUUUUCGGUGCUGGUUGUCAAACGGUUACUUUUUUUAUUUUACCGUGCAUUUCGUCAAAAUGGUAAAUGGCACCAGGAGUUGUGCUUUCGUACGUUCAUUCUUUACUUAAAGUUUCACAUUUGGUAAUAAAAUAUCAUAUAUUUAAA